AACCUGCCUGAUUGUACUGAAGACUUGAAGAGAAGUCAAGAAGCUGAUCUCAUCUGGGUCAGAAGUCAUGGAGGACGCCGCAGAGAUCAUCCCCUUUGUCAUGGAGAUGCUGAGACAGAAGCCCAACCGAAGCCUCCUGAAGAUCUACGUGCUGGGCUCCACCCUGGCCAUCCUGGGAGCGGUGGGCUCAGUGGUGGACACAAUCAUUCUGCCUUUUGUGGAGAAAAGCACGGGAGAGGAUGAACUGGAAGAACUCCCAGUGAAGCUCAGGGAGAAGCAGGUGCUGAAGGUACACUCCAGCAUCAGUCAGACAGACGUUGUGGACACGGACAUGAUGGUACCUCCCGAAGCGGCCAAAUAUCUGGAAACCACUGGGCAGAGAAGCUCAGCGUAUCGCUUACAUGCUUCUUAGAAACACUGCUAAACUAAAGGGACUCUGCAGCUGCUGCUGCUGUGCUGAUGGUGGUAAAUCAAAUCACCACUUUGUGAGCUGGUUCCUUUGUCCUGAUUCAGUAUUUUAUCUGUGGAUAAAUGUGCAUUUUUUGCUGUUCAAUGAGCUCAAGAGAUAGAGUGAAAACUGCAGGUUGCAGUAUCAUCAGGCUGCUGGCAGCUGACACUGAUGUAGGUAUUGUCAAUAAAUAUGUUUUACUUCAUUUUGUUUUAAUAGAUACAUUAUUCUGCUCGCGAUGGCUGUGUUUUAUAUAUUUAUUGAAUAAAAUCUGUGGAUGAGACU